UACAGCGCGUAGGAAUAAACAAUUUUUUCUUCAAGUUCAUUCAGCGGCUUUAGAGUUUAUUUAUCUUACUUGUGAUAAAACUCGGAAACAUUUGCAUUAUUUUCGCACGAAAAUUUAAUUAUUUUCAUAUAACAAACACUUCCCGGUAAAAUCUAGCUUAAAACGCAGUUCACUGGUAAUCUAAACUAACUCAGCGAAUUCUUGGAUGAUCAGCGUAAAAUUGCGUACAUGCACUCCCUGUCAGGAGCUGAAUUGUUACCAGGAUGGUAAAUUGCGAAGGAAACGAAGACGAAGGAGACGCGACUCUGGGAGAAACGAUCCUGAAGGAUGUCAAAGUGUCGGAUCGGAAAGGUGAGAUCCAACCGGACGUCGAUGUGUGCAGCAUGCUGGCGCACGCUGGGGAUUUUGGGAGGUACCAAAUACUCCUGAUGGUGCUCUUUAGUCUGGUGAACGUUCUCUCGGCUUUUCACUACUUCGCCCAGACAUUUAUCACGAUACAACCCGCCGAUUUACGGUGCGAUUCGAUAAACGGGGACAGUAAUUUAACCGAUAUUCUCAACGUCACGCAGGGACUACAAUUAGCAGAUGUUCUGAAAAUACGACCGAAGAACGGUGACAAAUGCAAAGGGUAUUACUUAGACAUGACGGAAAUCAUCACCGAGGAAGAGACCGUAGAAAAAUCUGUCUGGAAACUCGAGGAGUGCACGGCCUUUGACUACGACAGACAUUUCGGAUACGAAAGCAUCGUCACCGAGCUAGACUGGGUCUGCAAGGAUGCUUGGAAAGCGGCGUUGGGUCAGUCGAUGUACUUCGUUGGGGCUGUAGGUGGGACAUUUAUGAUGGGCAUUGCGGCGGACAAAUGGGGCCGAGUGAAGGCCCUGAUUGCCGCCUUCCUUUUUGCGAUACUCGGCAAUACGAUGACCAUAUUAUCAAGCGGCCUGGAGCUCUUUGCCGUUUCAAGGUUCAUCGCUGGACUCGCAACCGACACGAAUUUCGUUAUGAUGUAUAUAAUCGUCAUGGAGUACAUCAGGCCCAGCAUGCGGACCUUUGGAUUGAACAUUUGCAUCGGUGUGUUUUACUGUCUCGGAUGUAGCGUCGUACCUUGGCUGGCGGUUGGCCUUGAAACGUGGAGAAAAUUCUUGAUGAGCGUCUCGGUCCCGAUGGUACUGGUUCCCUUUUACUACUUCAUCCUGCCCGAAAGCGCCUCCUGGCUUCUGACCAAAGGACGAGCUGACAAAGCACUCGAGGGCUUUCUAAGGAUCGCCAAAAUUAAUGGCAAGGUUAUUCCUGACGAGGUCGUCGCACGGUUUCAAGCGGUCCACAAGGACGGGGGAAAACCACCUCAGACGAGCUUGCACGAGCUUUUUAAAACUCCGAACCUAAGACGAAAAAUGUCCAUUCUGGUGUUCAAAACGAUGACUUUGACACUUUGUUACGACGCCAUAUCACGAAACGUGAACAUAAGUGGCACCUCACCGUUCGUUAUAUUUUCCCUCGGUUCUCUCACCGUGUUUCCAGCCUGUUUGGUGAUCCUGACAUUGCAGGACAAAAUAGGGCGGAAGGGACUUUUCUUCAUUGCCGUUUUGCUCUCGGCAUUUCUAACGUCUAGCAGCGGUUUGAUGCAUGCAUUCCUGAAAGAUGCAGCGAUACUAUCCACAGAUCUGAUGGUCCACAUGAGUAUUGGUCUAUCAGUGACUGCUAGACUUUGCGUUGUUAUUGCUUUCAACUCCGGGUCCCAAUAUGCUGCCGAAUUAAUACCUACAGUGAUAAGAGGACGAGGAGUAGCCCUGAUUCAUGUUGUUGGAUACGCCGCCAGCUUCCUUAGUCCACUUCUCUUAUACCUGUCUAGGUUUUGGCAACCGCUGCCUGAUCUUCUUCUCGGGCUGCUGUGUUUCAUCUGUGCAUCGCUCACUCUUUUAUUGCCGGAAACCCUGGGACGAACACUUCCGGCAUCAUUAAACGACGGCGAGGUAUUUGGCGAGGAGGAUAGACCCUGCGAUUUUGCUUGCUGCGGCGGUAGGACGAGUCGUCGUGGCCGAGAUGAAAAUCGGGACGAGCAAUAAGUAGCAGCACCACAUUGGAUGCAGCGUAUCAAAACGUACCUGUAUAAAUAAAAAUAAUUCAUUCUGAUUGUUUCAUUUCUGAGACUGGAUACGUUGUUCCGAAAGAUUUUUAAGAGGAGAAAAUACGUGUACAAAA